AUGACCACAGUCAUGUUUGUGGGCAUGAGCUUCUGCCUGCCACUGGCCUUCUUCCUUGAGCACCGGCAGCGCCAGCGUGCCCAGAAGAUGGCAGCAAGUACUGACGCAGCCGAGCCGCUGCUGGCGGGCAAUGGGGAGGGCACCCUGCAGGCACCCGGCGCCCAGCACAGCGAGCUAGCCCAGGCGCUCAUGCUGUUGAUUCCUACUGCCUUUGAUCUCAUUGCCACGGUGCUCAUGAACGUUGGGCUGCUGUCAGUGACUGCUUCGGUGUACCAGAUGAUGAGGGGUGCCGAGAUGCUGUUUGCGGCGUUGUUUGCCGUCGUCUUCCUGCGUCGCAGCCAGUGCGUGCAGGCCGCGCAAAUCACAUUUGAAGACUUCUUCAUGGCUGACCUGGCCAUUCCGCCCCUGAAAAUUGUUGGCUACGAGGGCGUGCUGGGAGCCUCUGCCAUGCUGCUGCUGGUGCUGCCUAUCGUGCAGCGCCUGCCCGGCGUGGAUGGUCAGGGCCUGCAUGAGGACUCUGUGGAUACCUGGCAUAUGAUCACGCACAGUAGCGUGAUUGCCACCGUGCUGAUUGUGGAUGCCAUUGCGCUGCUAAUGUACAAUGUCUCGGGCAUGUGCGUCACCGGCCACCUGGGGGCUGUAUUCAGGACGGUGUUGGAGACCACGCGCACCCUGUUUGUCUGGCUGGUGGACCUGGUACUGUUCUACACCCCUCUUGGCAUGGGCAAGCUGGGCGAGAGCUGGAGCGUGUACAGCUGGAUCCAGGCGGCCGGCUUUGUGGUACUCGUGACGGGCACUGUGGUGUACGGCAAGGGCGACGAGGCUGAGAUGGCCGAGGAGAUUGCGGAGGGCCACUACGUCGAGGACACGGAGCAGACGGCAGCGCAGCCCACUCUGCCGCCCGCCGUGCAGGAGGAGCUGCAGCUUCAAGCGGCCGCCUUUUGUGAGCAGCACCCCGAUUUGGCUGAAGGCGCCAAAGAUCUUCGGCGUGCAACGGCACUGGUGUCGCCGCCUGGUGGUGGCCCAAACGUCUCGUUCCACAUGUGGGUAUACGAUGACCACGAUUUCGUAUCGGGAUUCAUAAACGACCUGGGCGGAAAGGUCAAGGUGGGGGAAUUCGAGAUGGCUCGCCUCGACGACUUGCUGGGCGACGCUGCAAAGGCGCUCGCCGGCCAGGCCGGGGUAAUGAAGAUUGACGUGGAGGGGUACGAAAGCAAGGCUUAUGGUGGUGGCGCAUGCUUCAUGUCCACAGUUCGCCCCGAGUACAUUCUAGCAGAGAUCAACGGGCCUGCCCUCGCAGCUGCAAGCGGGGCCACGUCCAACGACAUGUUUGAGCUGUACACCUCGAUGGGUUACGAAUUGCGCUUUGGAAAUCAGGGGUUUGACUCACCCAUACAGCCGCCCAGCAGCUUUGACAGCCUGGCCGAAAGGUCCCAGUCCUCCUGGCGAGACGCCAAUUUUUACCUCACGCUCAAACCGGCUCUCAAGCCGCUACAGGCGCAGGCGCAAGAGCGCAUAGCAUCACCUUGA